GUCGUCUACGUCGGACGCAUCCCUUACGGGUUCUUUGAGGAUGAGAUGAGGGGGUAUUUCUCGCAGUUCGGCGAGAUCAGCAGGAUAAGAGUGUCACGCAACAAGAAGACGGGAAAGUCGAAGCAUUAUGCCUUCAUUGAGUUCGAGCAUCCAGAGGCAACUAACUUACUUACACCCUCAUGUUACCGACGUGAUUGUAAUGAAGUAGAGAUGCCGUCUGUGGUGACGUCAUCUUCUCAGCUCCAUCCCGCCCUGUGGAGAGGCGCAAACAAGGUUUUCAAGCCGGCAAACUUCAAGGUGCCGCCCGUGGAUAUCCUUUGA